AUGCAGGUCAUAGUCUUGCUUCUAACAAUUCCCGUAUGCUCCUGCACGCUUGGGCUUUAUGGUACAACGCAGUCGAUCGGAGUAAUAGGCAGUCUCAAAUGUAAAGGAGGACCCGCCAGUGGAGUGAAGAUGGAGCUCGAAGAUGCAGAAAUAAGUCAGGACCAUAUUGACCUUUAUCAACAAAACCGUUUCGGUAUUCAAUCGAAAGCUGCAGCAGUAACGGACACAGAUGGGACUUUUAUGUUGACGGGCAAUGCUAAAAAAUGGUCUAAAAGCGACGCGAAUAUGUAUCAGUAUUCAAUAUUGAAUAUUUAUCACAAAUGCAACUAUAAAGGGCGCUGUUAUAGAAAAAACAGCAUUUAUAUUCCAAAAGAGUAUGUCACUCUUGGCAAAAAAGCGUUGAAAUACUACAACAUAGGCUCAUUGGAGCUUUCCAUGAUACCGAAAGGAGAGACUAUUAGUUGUUCACGUUGA